CACUUCGAGAAGAGAGCCGGGCCAGUUGGCUAUUGGGUGUGCUCCAAAAUGGUGUUCAAGCUUCUGCGCGCCAGUCGGACGCCGCUGAUCUGUGCGUUCGGGACCAUGGCACUCUUCCUGGUCACCCACCAGCUCUUGGUACUUCUAUCCCUAGACGGCAGGCCAUCGUCGGCCAAGUCCUCGGACAUUCCCUCGCACGAGCGGCUGUUGAAGCAGAGUGCGGCUCCAGAAAUUCUCAGAUUAGAUAUUGAUCGCCCUGUGGUGGUGGCACCGGAUGCGAUUGAGAGCAGCAGUCCCUUAGAUUUAGAAGAUCUGCUGCACCAGAACGCCAAGCACUACUGGGCCUAUGGUUCGCGGCGGAGCCAUCAGUGUGCCCCCUAUCCCCGCUACGAGGACCUUGUUUUCAAGAACGGCGACUUCCAGUGGGUGACACAGGGAAACCUGAGCUACUUCCUCUACAACGCCUACUAUGACCGCAGGCCAGCGUCGCCAGAGGUGAUGGUCCUGGCUAUGGUGACAACCAUCACGGGCCCGUAUCCGCAGGCCUUCUGUCAGUUUUGGUAUGCGGACAGCGGCCAGCCGGACCUGGUGUCUGUCACCGAUACUAAGGUGGGCUGGUACGACGUCUGGGGCAAUGUGGCCGGUGUCGCCUACCCCACCAUGUUCAGCUGUGUGGUGCCGGAGCCCGAGAUCCGGGUGCCCCAACUGGUUUCGUUGGUCUUCGGCAACCGCUGUGCCCCUGCUCGGAACGCCCUUAUCGUGGUCAAUUCCCAGGUGCCCGAGCGGCCGCUCGACUCCAAUCUGCAUACCGGGGUGUGCGUUAAGUUUUUGAGCUUCCCGGAUCGGGAUAUUUCUGAGCGGAUGGUGGAGUGGCUGGAGCUGCUGCGUCUGCUGGGGGUCGAGCGGGUAGUGGCCUUCGACAUCGGGGAGCUGACCGCAAACACAUCGCGCACCCUCGCCCACUACACGGAUGUGGACGGUCUGCUGCAACUGCGCCCACACCUCCUGCUAGAUGAGCUACCGGAACAUUGGGAUCUGCGGGCUCGACUCACCGAAGUAUUGAUGUACAACGACUGCCUCUACCGAAAUAUGUACGAGUUCGACUACCUGGGAGUGUUCGAUGUUGAUGAGGUCAUUAUGCCGCUGGGCCAACUCCUCAACUACCAGAUGCUGCUGAAGGAGCUUCUGACGAUAGACGUGAAUUGCUCGGCGCGUACGAGCUUCUGCUUUCGCAACGUGUACUUCCCUAAGGAGCUGGCACCGGAUCCACUGCUGCCGCAGCAGUUCUACAUGCUUUCGCAUGUUACGCGGGUGGCUGACCAUUUGGACGCCAACUCGGCCAUAAAGUGCCUCCACAAUCCGAACUAUGUGACCCUCACGCAUAACCACUUCCCCUUGCACUGGCGGGCGUCGUGCGGGGCCAUGGAUGUGCCCGUCCGCACCGGCCAGAUGCAGCACUACCGCCACGUGGACGAUCUGGAAACGCUCACCCAUCCGACUCCGGUGCGGGACGACAAUAUCCUGCGCUUCAGGCGGCAGCUUCUGCGCAACUCCCUCGACGUCCAUCGCACGCUCGGCUGGACAUAGGUACUCGCAGUACCUUGCCCAUUGGAGGAGGGUUCCUGCGCUUGGACCUGGAUCUGGGUCGGCGCAGGGAUCCGCAUAUUGAUUAUAUUUUAAUUACUUUUCGUAUAUUUAAGAGGCUUAAAAUUGUGGCACGUUCUCCCUGCUACGUGCCACGUUCCACCUGCACUGCCUGCGGGCCUAGGACACUGGCGGGCAUGAAGUCAGCAGUACAAUAAUUGAUUAUUGCCAGUGUUUGACAGCA